AGGACGACGACGACGAAAAUUGUGUCGGUGGUGGUAGUGUUCGUGGUAGUAGUAAUAGUAGUAAUGGUGGUGGUGGGUACUCCGUGCGAGCAGAAUCACACGACGUCAGGCGUCUCGAUGUAAAUCAAAGCCGUCGCCGUUGUCGAAUUACCACCACACGUCGGCGCUGAAAACGGACCGUCGCCGUGGCGAACGUCGCCGUGGCGCGCGUCGUGAGUGACACGACGACGAGUGCCGCUGACGAUCUCAGCUUCCAUAGCGCGGCUACGGGACGAUCGUGAUACACGUAUAUACACGGUAUGGAGAAACAUUUACAGAUUUAUUGCUCGGGAAGUUGAAGAGAGAGAGAAAGAGAGAGAAUGUGUGUGUAUAAGUGAGUGAGCAAGAGAGAUCGAAAACUACUACACACACACAUAUAUAUAUAUAUAUAUAUAUAUAUGAGUGUGUAUGAGAAUUACUGUGUGGGCAAGGAAGAGACAAAGAUCGACAGGCGCGAGAGAGAGAGACGAUCGUAGUGCGCGCGCGCACACGUCCAUAGUUGCGGAGGGAGGAGAGCGAGGUUCCCGCGGAAUCCGCUCCGACACGCAGUAGUCCGCGAGCAGUUUCAGGUCUGAAUGUUGGUGCGCGCGCGCGCGCGUCGGACGAAUUCGCGACACGAACGACGACGCGGCGUAGCUAUCGCGUGUAGCAGAUGCUGGAUCCGAGCGUGCUAACGGACCUGGAGGAGCUGACGCUUUGCAGUUACUGCAAGCAGAAGUACAAUGACGCGGAGCAGUGUCCCAAGUAUCUCAGUUGUAAACACUACUUCUGCCUGCGCUGUAUCGAGAGCAAGCUGUUCACCGAGAAGGCGACGAGACGCGAGGUUUUGUGCGCGCAUUGCUGGAAGACGAUGGACCUGGGCGACCAGGAACCGGACGCCCUACCGACUCACUCCUCCCUGCUCACCCUCGCUAACAACCUGUCGCACCUCAAACUCACGACGAACAGCACGCCCGGCAAGCCCGGCGAUAAGGAGAGAAAGAGCGAGAACUGUCACACGCACGGGAUGCCGCUGGCACUGUGGUGCGGGACGUGUUGUACGGCGCUUUGCAGGGCGUGCGCGACCCCGCAGGAGCACCCUGGCCACCAGAUCAAGUCGCAAACCGAUGCCAAAGAACAGCUCAUAUCCGACGUACAACUGGAAUUAGUCGCCGUAGGUAAACUGUCGACGGAGAUUCAAAGACUGGCUAUGCAGCAACGCGAAUUCCUCAUCAAGGUGCUGGAGGCAUGCGUCACGCUGAAGACGCACGUGGAGACGGACCUGCAGAAUGGCUGGAGCCACUUCCCGGAGAUAACGGACGCGCGCGAGACCCUGGGCAAGACCAAAGCCGGUCUGCAGAUGAGCGAGACGCCCGGCGACGUCUACAGUCUCCACGCGCAGCUCGUCCUCGAGAAACAGAGGCUACAGUCCAAGUAUCAGGAGAUGAUGCUGCAGUGCCAGCUGGACGAUCUCAUCGGCAAUUCCGGCGUCAUCUUCGACUUCGCGUUACUUAAGCAAGCACUGGCUGGCAUUCACACCGGCGACCCGAUCGUUCCUCAGGGAAUGGUGGGAAACGGCGGUGGCGCCGGCGGCCGGCUGAAUCACUUGGCGGCCUCGCAGAAUCCGAUAUUGUUCCUCGCGAAUUACUGCAUGUCGCAGCUUUACACGCGCCACGUAGUCAGCAAGCAGCAACAGCAGCAUCAUCAUCAUAUGCAGAACGGCACGAUCGAGUAUCACUCGAGUAUGAUGCCACAGCAGCAGCAGCAACAAGGCUCCGUUCACGUCCAUCAGGGCCCGCCGCCACCACCGACGCAAACUGGCCAGCAGCAGCUUCUCAUUCCACCGGGUUCGCCGUCCGUCAAGCCCGCGCCCGGCGCCAUGUUACACCCGCAACAGCAGCAGCAAUCGACGUUCCUGCCCGACCCGGUCGGCGGGGGCGGGGGCCUGGUGACCGUUCACUCGUCUCCCCAGCCGCCGACGGCGAGUCUGCGCGGCCCCCCCGCGAAUCCGUACCCCAUGUACUAUUUCAACAUCCAGGUGAACGGCUCGCCGCACGGCCGUAUCGUGAUCGAAGUCAGGCCGGACGCGGCGCCGAAGAUGUCGAAGAACUUCAGCGUGCUGUCGACGGGCGAGGCCGGCAUCAGCUACGAGGGCUGCACGAUAUUCCAGUGCUGGGACGGCGAGUCCGUCAUCACGGGCGACUUCGAGCAGAACAACGGCCGCGGCGGGCGCAGCAUAUUCGAGGACAGCUACUUCAUGCCGGACGACACGAAGUUCCCGGCGGUCAGAGGCGCGGUCGGGAUGCGACGCACGCAGAAGCGGCACGACAACCUCGGCAUGGUGGGAUCGCAGUUUCGCAUAAUAUUGCAGGAAAUGCGCGGCUUCACCGGCAUAUUUGGCCACGUGGUCGAGGGUCUCGAGCUUGUCGAGAAGAUAUCCAAGUUCGGCGAUCAAACCGGCAAACCCACCAAGAAUAUUCUAAUCACCAAGUGCGGCAAGUUGUAACGUUGAUUGAUUACGCGCGCUUUGGUUAUCAUCGCGCGGCGACCGUU